UCCUCCUCCGCGACAUCGUCCAACCCUCCCAUCCUCGCUGCAGGCGACUGGACAAAGAACCUCGUCCAUCUCGCAAAGACCGCAGAACUCAAAAAACAUGCCCUCACGCUGCAGCUCCACACAGCGCACAUCCUCUCCGCGCACGCGUCCCUCGAUCAGAAGAGCAAGACGAUCCAAGACAUGAAGGAGCAGAAGAACAAGCUCGAUAGCGAGCGCAUGCGGCUGCUCAACUGCCUGCGGCAGGUGAACGAGGAUCGAGAUCAGGCCGACUUGAUGGAGGCCACAUUGAACAAAGAGUGCGAUGACCUGCGCCAUAAGAUCCAAGCCAUCACCGACGGCGAGUACGCCUCCGCGAAGGCAGACGUCGACCGCCUCCGGCAAGAGCUGGGCCAGUCGCCGCUGCCCAGCCUCCAGCAAACGCUCGAGGAAAAGUCGCAGCAGUACGUCCUCCCGCGCCGCCCCCUUCCUUGCAAGGCCACAGCGGCGGCUACGGCGGGCAACAAGCGCGCCGCGGAGGACAGUGCCGCGGAGGGCCAGCCGGUGGGCAAGCGGCCGCGCGGGCGGCCGAAGGGCAGCAAAACGAACAAGAACAAAGGG